UCUUUGCUCGCCAUCACAGUCAGGAGGGGCGUGACGGAACGCACGUUUGCUAGCGCCCGCUAACGCUCUUGUCAAGCUUGUGCUGAAGAUUAGCUGUCUGAACACAGCAGCCGUGUCUGUCUGACUGAGCCUGGCAGGUGGAGUACAGUAAAAACACCUUGUUAGUAUCCCGGAUAUCUACCGGUUUGUACAGCUCUCUAACGUUACCGUGUACCGCCUGUUCUGAACCAGUGUAAACCGGAGCUGUCAUGCGAACCUAGCUGUUAGCAAGCGAGUCAGGCCGAGGAGAGCUGCCUGCGUGUACCCUUCAUCUAGACAGAAGCAUAAAUGUUUCACACAAGUCAGUUUGUCGACGCUGAAGAAGAUGCGCAAGGACGUGAGGAUAUUAUUAGUGGGAGAGCCCAAAGUGGGGAAGACGUCUCUCAUCAUGUCCCUGGUCAGCGAGGAAUUCCCCAAAGUGGUUCCUUACCGAGCUGAGGAAAUCACCAUACCUGCAGAUGUCACACCAGAGAGAGUUCCCACACACAUUGUGGACUAUUCAGAGGCAGAGCAGACGGAUGAGCAGUUGUUUCAGGAGAUCUCCAAGGCAAAUGUGAUUUGCAUUGUCUACGCUGUCAACAACAAGACGUCCAUAGAAAAGGUGACGAGCCACUGGAUCCCCCUCAUCACUGAGAACACGGACAAGGACAGCAGGGUUCCUCUGAUUCUGGUGGGGAACAAGUCGGACCUGGUGGAACACAGCAGCAUGGAGACCAUACUGCCCAUCAUGAACCAGCACAGUGAGAUAGAGACGUGUGUCGAGUGUUCAGCAAAGAACCUGAAGAACAUCUCAGAGCUGUUCUACUACGCCCAAAAGGCAGUUCUGCACCCAACAGGUCCUCUUUACUGUCCGGAGAAGAAAGACAUGAAGCACCUGUGUGUCAAAGCCUUGACUCGAAUCUUCAAAGUGUCUGACCUGGACAAUGACGGGAUCCUCAAUGAUAGCGAGCUCAACUUCUUCCAGCGGACGUGCUUCAACGCCCCACUGGAGUCUCAGGCAUUGGAGGAUGUAAAAAAUGUGGUGAGGAAGAAUUUGAGCGAUGGAGUGUGCGACAACGGACUCACUCUGAAAGGCUUCCUCUUCCUCCACACUCUGUUCAUCCAGCGGGGUCGCCAUGAAACAACAUGGACGGUGCUGAGGAGGUUCGGGUACGACGAUGACUUGGAGUUAAAUCAGGACUACCUCUUCCCUCCGUUGAAACUUCCUCCCGACUGCACCACGGAGCUCAACCAUAAUGCCUACCUCUUUCUCCAGAGCGUCUUUGACAAACAUGACAAGGACCGGGACUGUGCCUUGUCACCAGACGAGACGAGGGACCUGUUUGAUGUUUUUCCCUACAUGCCCUGGGGUCCAGAUGUCAAUAACACAGUUUGCACUAAUGACCAGGGCUGGAUCACCUACCAGGGAUAUCUCUCCCAGUGGACGUUAACAACAUAUCUGGAUGUCCAACGAUGCCUGGAGUAUUUGGGUUACCUCGGUUACUCAAUAAUUGCUGAGCAGGAGUCCCAUGCAGCAGGAAUUACAGUGACCAGAGAUAAGAAGAUUGACCUGAAGAAGAAGCAGACCCAGCGCAGCGUCUUCCGCUGUAAUGUCUUUGGAGACAUUGGCAGUGGCAAGAGCGGCUUCCUCCAAGCCUUCCUGGGGAGAAACCUCAUGCGCCAAAAAACUAUUAAAGAGGAACACAAAUCCUACUAUGCCAUCAGCACAACCUACGUUUACGGCCAGGAGAAAUACCUUCUUCUGCACGAAGUGUUCCCUGACUUCGACUACUUGUCUGAUGCUGAGCUGGCCUGCGACAUUGUCUGCCUGGUGUAUGAUGUCGGCAACCCUUACUCCUUUGAAUACUGCGCCAAAGUCUUCAAGCAAUACUUCAUGGACAGCAAGAUUCCAUGUAUGAUGAUAGCAGCCAAGUCAGACCUGCCGGAGAUCAAACAGAUGUACGGCUGCAGUCCUCUGGACUUCUGUAGGAGGCACAAGAUGCCGCCUCCCCAGUCCUUCACCUGUAACACUGCAGCGGCACCCAGCAAAGACAUCUACACCAAACUUACCACGAUGGCCAUGCACCCCCACGCCCGGCUGCGCUGCAUGUGCACUUGUAACCGGUGCACCUUCUGCUUGUGUCAGAACUUCCUCAACUCUGAGCUGCUGCAGACGGUCAGAGCCAAACUCUACACUGUCGUACUCAGAAGACAUGUAAGCCAAGCAGACCUGAAGAGCUCAACCUUCUGGCUGCGUGCGAGUGUCGGGGCCACAGUGUUUGCAGUGCUAGGCUUCGCCAUGUACAGAGUGCUGCUCAAACAACGGUGAUCCUCGGGCACCCGGGUCCAACCCUUUAUCCCAUUUAUCCCCAUGGUACAUAUAGAGCUAUUUUGACCAGUCACAACAUUAGGCUUUCCCACUCGCAUAAAGUUAAUGAAAAUCUAUUGAAAAUCUGUCAUGGUUUUGUUUUGGCGGGAAAGAGAAAUGUUUGAACGCUUACCUUUUUUAGCAAAUGUUUAGUUUUUUUGCAUUUUCAUUCCACUGUAAAUUUCUCUUCUGGGGAAUAAAAAAAGAAAAACAUUUAAUUUUGUACCAAAAGUGCUAAUUUGCGUUUGUUUGCAUCUUUUUGCAAAUCAAUAUAUAUAUCUAUCUAUCUAUAUUUAUAUUUUAAAAACUGAGGGUAGGCUGCUGAUGAGUGGUGAGUAUCAUGAGUGAGUUACAUAUAUAGCUAUUUUUUGUUGCUUGCUGAUUGACAUUGAACGACUUGGUGUCAGUUGUGAUGGGGAUUGUUAUAGGUGAGGUUUGCAAUAAUAUUGAUGCUUUUAUUAGACUGAACUAUAUGUAAAUAGUGUAUAUAACAUAGUAGACUGUACAUUUGUUUGUCUUUGUCUAAAAGGACCAGUUUCUGAUUCAUUCUCAAAACACUGAAUGCUGAGAUAUUGGCUAUUUGUCAUGAACAUUAGCUUUGAUAUUCACAUUGAUUAAAAAAAAGUGUGUGUGAGGCUGUUUGCAUGCUGAAAAAUGUUCCCACCACAUUCCAUUGUUUUACGACUUACUGUACAAAAUAAUUCCCACGCCAACUUGUCUGCAUUGCUUUCAAUUUCCCAAUUCUCCAGGUAUUAUAGUAGUAACGUUUAUUGAGUGCUGAGCAGAUAAUAUUCCAGUCACAGUAAGUUCGACAGCCAUUUGACCCUUGUUGUGGUUCCUGGUAGAAGAUGCAAUAAUGGGGCCCCAGAUGUUAAUUUCCAUGCAAUUACAACUGCUUGCCACAAGGCUUAGUUUGAUGUAUUCACUCAGCCCUGCCUUUCCAAAAGUUUACAAUAAACAAUUAUCUAUUA